GGAGAAUACCGCGUAGGGGAGGAGAGAAAAGGAGCGUAGGUGCGGAUCGGGACGUGGCUUCGGCAGAUACCCGCUUGUAUUUCAUCUGGAACUUUUCGAGUCAAUGUAACCAGGGCUUCUGAGGAAUGGAACGCCACAAGGUAUCACUCCCUCGGAUACUACCGCCCGAGCCGUCUGUCUGUUCCGACUUCUUCCUCGAAGAAACGUUGGAUGGUGAGCCGCCUCCCACUUCUGCCCCAGGUUUGGGAGUUUUCCGUUCGAGAGAUCAAAACGAUCCCGCACGAUUUCGUCGCCCCUAAUAAUAAUUAGGCCCUAGACUUGGACUAGGACUCGGCACAUGAAC